AUCCUCCACGCCAACGUCUGCAGUUCCAGCUCGACCCAGUGGGCGUGUUCUACCAGAUUGAUUGGCAAAUGUGCGGUCGAAUGGGGAUGGGAUAAAAUAAAUGCAACGAUAAAAACCAAAUAUGUACUACAAUUUUGUGAAAUUCUGCAAAUAAAUUCGCUUAACGUGUAUUAGUGUGCAUUGUUUUGGCAGAAUAAAAGCAACUUUAGGUGAUUACGGAGGCUGAUCUCGCGAUUAUACCAAUCUGAUAGGCCUACCAACGCGAUCUCGUGGCUACAGUUUUUAUUUUCAACUGUGCAAUUCAAAAGUUGGACAUCGCGUCCAGAAUGAAACGACAAGUCCCAAGGCUCAUUGCUUGGUUUACGGAAGUACUUGUAAAGCUGCUCAUUUCAACGGUUGCCAUCUGAGGUGAAACUAGGCAUAGCUACAUAUACAUCUCUGUGGUCUCUUUUGUUAUGUACAUGAUAGCAACGUUUUUGGUGUGAUAUUUUUUUAAAUGUGAAGCUAGCUAGCUACAUCAAGAACACACACAUACGUUCACAAGUUAUCCAUGAAGCCACUGUUGGAUUCUGAUGAGGAGGAAGAAGAGUUGGGAGCAUAUCAAAAGAAACUCAGAGAGAGAGCAAACCGCAGCAUCCAACAGCUCAGCAGUGCAUUGGAAGAGCCCAGCUCAGAUGCAGAGGGCAUUGAACCAGGCAGGGCUGGAGACACAGACAGCACGACUGGAGAGGACUCGUGGAACCAAAGGCAACAAAGUGAAGCUGUCAAUCAGCUGCGAUCACUCCUGCAAAAGCAGCAAAAAGAGACACUUUCACUCACUUCUCCUUCAAAGAGAAAAUCUUCUCCAAAGAGGUGUCAAGAUGAUGUGAGCUCUAGCAUGCCUGCCGUUAAAGACCUGGUGCCCAUUCUCCACAACCAGUCAGAGUACAUCCAGCAUCUGGAGGCUGAGGUCAAGUUCUGCAAGGAGGAGCUUCUGGGGAUGAAACAGAGGAUAAGGGUGGUGGUGGUAGAGAAUGAGAAACUACAUGGAGAGAUCAAGUCCAAACUGGUGGAAGACACCCUGAAAGACUACACUCUCUUAGAUGGCACGGUGAAUUCUGAACCGCCCAGAGAAGACAAUCCUCAAAGAACAGCUUUCAUACCAGCUCAUAUUGUCUUUCAACAAGCAGAGGAACACAAGUGGAAGAAAGAACUGGAGCAGCUCAAAUCCCUCUAUCUAGCCCAGACAGAGACACUGGAAUCUCAAGUAAGGUCACUGAACAAGAACCUGGCCAGCAGUCAGAAGGAGUGUGAAGAAGUCAAAGGUCGUCUGAGACAUAAGGAAGCAAUGGCAGCGGCGGGCAGUGCCAAACAGUGCGUAGGCGGCCUCUGUCUGAAGUGUGCCCAGAAUGAGGCCGUGCUGGCAGAGACACACUCCAACAUGCACAUCCAGGCCAUUGAGAGACUCACCAAAGAGCGUGAUGAGCUGAUGAGUGUGCUGUGCUCUUUGAGGGCCAGUCAGAGCGAGGCCCAGCAGAGAGAGUGGGCAGCCUACCAGCAGGUCAAACAGGCUGUAGAGAUGGCUGAGGAGGCCAACCUGGAGAAAACCAGGGCGGUGGUGCAGUGCGAGGCAUUUGCCAGGGAGCUGGCCAGACAGAGAGAGAGGCUGGAGACUGAGAUGGCUGCAGAGCAGGAGAAAAUCUCUGAGGCCAGAGAGGUGGUACGCAACGAGGCCCUCAAGCAGAAGGAGACACUGGCCCAAACGGUGGCCAGCCUAUCCCAGAGGGUAGCAGAGCUGGAGGGUCAACUGGCCAGGGUGGAAAGAGAGAGGGGCUCACUGAGCACCCAGCUGGAUGAGACCCUACGCAAACUCACAUCACAGGAGCAGGACACCAGCAAGGUGUGUGGGGAGCUGCGUUACCGCCUCAGCCAGGCUCAGCUGAAGAGAGAGGAGGCAGAGAGGGAGCUCCGAGACUGCAGCUCCAAGACAACACGGCAGCUCCAGAUGACUGAACAGGAAGUGGAGAAGCUGGGUGUGGAGCUGAGCGUCUGCCGGCAGCGUUUGGACCAGGCCCAGAGGGACGCGGGCCGACUGCAGGCGGAGGCUCUGAGCCUGACGGAGCGGCUGGGCCGAGCUGAGCACCAACUGCACCUCACCAGGCAGGAGAAGGAGAGUGCGGAGCGCUGCCGGGGCGAGGACAUGGAUGCUCUGACCUUCUCUGCACAGCAGCGCGAGCAGGAGCUGACACAGAGGCUCCAGCAAAUGGAGGCGCAGCACGAGCGGAGCGUGGGUGAGCUGGAGGCCCUCCUCAGCUCCCAGAAUGCCCUGAUAGGGAAACUGAAGGAUGAAUGUCUCAGUCUGGGGACCAAGCUGGAGACGCUGACAGAGACUAGCAGGCGUGAGGUGGAGCAGCUUUCCCUGGAGAAGGAUCAUCUGGAAGAGAGUGUUGGGAAGCUGAGAGCUCGCUGUACAGAGAUGGAGGAGCAGUGUGUACAACAUGGGAGGAUGCACCAGCGCAUGAAGAACAGACUGCAGCAGUUGGACCAGCACAGUCAGUCCAGUGCCCAGCAGGUGAUGGAGCUGCUUGCCAAACAGAACCUGUUGAUGCAGGAGCGCCACCUCCUCACUGGAGAGAUGCAGAACCUACGCAUACAGUUACCUGCUGGUUCUAGGAGACCUGACACCUUGUCCACAUGACAUCCUCUUCAUCUUGACUGAAGCACAGUGACAGUAAAAAUCUGUCGUUCUGCCCCUGAGAAAGGCAGUUUUAACCCACUGUUCCCCGGGCGCCGUGGAUGUUAAGGCAGCCCCCUGCACCUCUAAAUGCGUAAGACACGUUUCAGUUCAAUGCAUUUGGUUGUCCAACUGACUAGGUAUCCUCCUUUCCUUAUAAUGGUGGUUUCCUACUGUAUGAAUAGGGUAUAUGACCAAUUCCGUUAUUAUUGUAUAAAAAUGAAUGUGUGAGUGAAGACGCAUGCCUCUCUCGGGUUGGUUUUGGGCCACAUCCUGUGUGUGUGUUAUUUAUACAUGCAGGAAGAAUUCAGACCCCUUGACUUUUCACAUUACAGCCCUGUUCUAAAAUUUAUUAAAUUGUUAUUUUUCCUCAAAUCUACACACAAUACCACAUAAUGACAAAGCAAAAACGGGUACAAAAAUAAAUAAAUAUCUAUCUCUAUAUAUCUAUAUCAACUCAGCAAAAAAAGAAACGUCUUCUCACUGUCAACUACGUUUAUUUUCAGCAAACUAACUUAACAUGUGUAAAUAUUUGUAUGAACAUAAGAUUCAACAACUGAGACAAACUGAACAAGUUCCACAGACAUGUGACUAACAGAAAUGUAAUAAUGUGUCCCUGAACAAAGGGGGGGUCAAAAUAAAAAGACAGUCACCAGCUGCAUUAAGUACUGCAGUGCAUCUCCUCCUCAUGGACUGCACCAGAUUUGCCAGUUCUUGCUGUGAGAUGUUACCCUACUCUUCCACCAAGGCACCUGCAAGUUCCCGGACAUUUCUGGGUGGAAUGGCCCUAGCCCUCACCCUCCUGUCCAACAGGUCCCAGACUUGCUCAAUGGGUUUGAGAUCCGGGCUCUUCACUGGCCAUGGCAGAACACUGACAAUCCUGUCAUGCAGGAAAUCACACACAGAAUGAGCAGUAUGGCUGGUGGCAUUGUCAUGCUGGAGGGUCAUGUCAGGAUGAGCCUGCAGGAAGGGUACCACGAGGGAGGAGGAUGUCUUCCCCGAUGAUGCUGUGACACACCACCGCAGACCAUGAUGGACCCGUCACCUCCAAAUCAAUCCCGCUCCAGAGUUCAGGCCUCGGUGUAACGCUCAUUCCUUCGACAAUAAACGCAACGCCGACCAUAACCCCUGGUGAGACAAAACCGUGACUUGUCAGUGAAGAGCACUUUUUACCAGUACGGUCCAGCGACUGUGGGUUUGUGCCCAUAGGCGACGUUGUUGACGAUGAUGUCUGGUGAGGACCUGCCUUACAACAGGCCUACAAGCCCUCAGUCUCUCAGCCUAUUGCAGACAGUCUGAGCACUGAUGGAGGGAUUGUGCGUUCCUGGUGUAACUCGGGCAGUUGUUAUUGCCAUCCUGUACCUGUCCCGCAGGUGUGAUGUUCGGAUGUACCGAUCCUGUGCAGGUGUUGUUACACGUGGUCUGCCACUGCGAGGAUGAUCAGCUGUCUGUCCUGUCUCCCUGUAGUGCUGUUUUAGGCUUCUCACAGUACGGACAUGGCAAUUUAUUGCCCUGGCCACAUCUGCAGUCCUCAUGCCUCCUUGCAGCAUGCCUAAGGCACGUUCACGCAGAUUAGCAAGGACCCUGUUUUUGAGUCCGUAGAAAGGCCUCUUUAGUGUCCUAAGUUUUCAUAAUGAAGUGUGACCUUAAUUGCCUACCGUCUGUAAGCUGUUAGUGUCUUAAUGAACAUGCACCUGUGGAACGGUAGUUAAUUGUUUAUUGAACAAGCAUGGGAAACAGUGUUUAAACCCUUUACAAUGACGAUCUGUGAAGUUAUUUGGAUUUUUACGAAUUAUCUUUGAAAGACAGGGUUCUGAAAAAGGGAUGUUUAUUUUUUUGCUGAGUUUAUAUAUCACAUUUACUUAAGUAUUCUGACCCUUUACUCAGCGCUUUGUUGAAGCACCUUUGGCAGCGAUUACAGCCUUCUUGGGUAUGACGCUACAAGCUUGGCCCAUUUGGGAAGUUUCUCCCAUUCUUCUCUGCACAUCCUCUCAAGCUCUGUCAGGUUGGAUGGGGAGCGUCGCUGCACAGCUAUUUUCAGGUCUCUCUAGAGAUGUUUGAUUGGGUUCAAGUCCGGGCUCUGGCUGGGCCACUCAAGGACAUUGAGACUUGUCCCAAAGUCAUUCCUGCGUUGUCUUGCCUGUGUGGUUAGGUUCGUUGUCCUGUUGGACGGUGAACCUUAGGACCUCAUACUGGGGCUGAGUGCACUGGAGUAGGUUUUAAUCAAGGAUCUCGCUGUAUAUUGCUCUGUUCAUCUUUCCCUUGAUCCUGACUGGUCUCCCAGUCCCUGAAAAUAUCCCCACAGCAUGAUGCUGCCACCACCAUGCUUCACCUUAGGGAUGGUGUCAGGUUUCCUCCAGACAUGACACUUGGCAUUCAGGCCAAAGAGUUCAAUCUUGGUUUCAUCAGACCAGAGAAUCUGUUUCUCAUGGUAUGUGAGUCCUUUAGGUGCCUUUUGGCAAACUCCAAGUGGGCUGUCAUGUGCCUUUUACUGAGGAGUGGCUUCCGUCUGGCCACUCUACCAUAAAGGCCUGAUUGGUGGAGUGCUGCAGAAAUGGUUGUCCUUCUGGAAGGUUUUCUCAUGUCCACAGAGGAACUCUGGAGCCCUGUCAGAGUGACCAUCGGGUUCUUUGUCACCUCCCUGACCAAGGCCCUUCUCCCCCCUGAUUGCUCAGUUUGGCAGAGCGGCCAGCUCUAGGAAGAGCUUGGUGGUUCCAAACUUCUUCCAUUUAAGAAUGAUGGAAGCCACUGUGGUCUUGUGGACCUUCAAUGCUGCAGACAUUUUUUGGUACCAUUGCCCAGAUCUGUGCCUCGACACAAUCCUGUCUCGGAGCUCUACGGACAAUUCCUUCGACCUCAUGGCUUGGUUUUUGCUCUGUCAACUGUGGGACCUUUAUAUAGACAGGUAUGUGCCUUUUCAAAUCAUGUACACUAAAUUGAAUUUAUCACAGGUGGACUCCAAUCAAGUUGUAGAAACAUCUCAAGGAUGAUCAAUGGAAACAGGAUUCACCUGAGCUCAACUUCAAGUCUCAUAGCAAAGCGUCUGAAUACUUAUGUAAAUAUGGUAUCAGUUUUUUUAUUUUAAAUGUGUAAACAUUUAUAAAAACCUGUUUUCACCUUGUCAUAAUGUGUGUAGAUUGACGAGGAACAUGUUAAUGUAAUACAUUUUAGAAUAAGGCUGUAACAAAAUGUGGAAAACGUCAAGGGGUCUGAAUACUUUCUGAAUGCCCUGUGUGUGUGUAAUGGGCAGCAGUAGAGGUCGGGUUAAUGAUGGUGCUGAUGGCAGAGAGCAGGUCUGGGAGAUCUCUCUGACUGAGAGCACCACAGUGGAGAAUGCCUCAUGUCAUGGAUACUCAUGGUCAAACACACUGCCUCAGCCAUGCAGAAACAGCAGCAGCACAGCUCCACAGCCCUGCUGAGUGUGUGUGCUUAGAUUAAUAUGAGGGUUUUCUAUUUCUGUAGACAAAAUUUGCAUUUGGAAUUACAGAUUUGACCGUUUUUGUAUUGUUUCUAAAUAGUAAUGUUUCAUGUUUUUAUAUAGAGAUGAGGUUUUUACAUGGUAAAAGCUGCAUGUUGUAGAAUGUCAUUUCAAUAUUUGAUCAACUUCAGUUAAAAUUCCAAUAAAUAUUUUGCAGUGUUGAAAAUAUUGCUCAAUCUGAGUUAUUGAGUGUGAUACUGUAUUUCUCAAUGAGAAAAAAAUAUAGUUAUGACGAGUAGUCAGAAGUAAACGACAAAGAUAGCAGAUU